AGUACCAUUUACGACCAAAUUGUCUAAAUAGAGCAACAAAAACUGAGGAAUUCCGUGUCAAUAAUUCUUCAACCAGAUCAUUUGAGUGAGUGAAAGCUGCAAAUUAACUUCUUUAUCAGAGUCCGCGUAAUGGACGAUUUCCAUGUUUUCUUCUUCCCUAUGAUGGCUCCUGGUCACAUAAUCCCAACCUUAGACAUGGCGAAACUCUUCGUUUACAGGGGAGCCAAAGCAACUAUCAUAACCACCCCUCUCAAAGUCUCUUCCAUAACCAAAUCCAUCAAAGAAAUCAGCCACCUCGGAAUCGACAUCUCCGUCCGGGCCCUCAGGUUCCCGGCAGCGGAGGCCGGGCUGCCGGAAGGAUGUGAGAUGCUUGAUGAGGUGACGUCAGACGACCAAAUCCCGAAGUUCUUCAAAGCCACCGCCAUGCUCCAAGGACCUCUGGAGCUCCUCCUUCAGGAGCUCCGUCCCGCAGCGCUCGUCGCGGACAUGUUCUUCCCGUGGGCCACCGACGCAGCCGCGAAGUUCGGGAUCCCACGGCUGGUGUUUCACGGGAUCAGCUACUUCGCGCUCUGCGCCGCGGAAAAUGUGCGGAAAUAUAAACCGCACCGCUACGUCUCGUCGGAUUCGGAGCCGUUCGUGGUGCCGAAUCUGCCGCACGAGAUCAAGCUCACUCGGGCGCAGCUUUCGCACCAUGAUCGGCACGAAGGGGAAGGGGAGACGCCCAUGGCGGAAUUGCAUCGGCGGGUGAAAGAGUCAGAGUCAAGAAGUUUUGGUGUGAUAGUCAACAGCGUGUACGAGAUUGAAGCUGAGUACGCUGAUUACUAUUCCCAGGUGUUGGGGAAAAGAGCUUGGCACAUUGGCCCACUUCUCCGGUGUAACAGAAAGAUUUACGAACAGAAAGCAUUGGAUCUCAAAUGGCCAAUUCAGGAACGUGGGCACGAGUGCUUAAAAUGGCUGGACACCAAGAAACCAGACUCGGUAAUUUAUGUAUGCUUUGGAAGCAUGUCCAACUUCACGGCUUCGCAAUUACACGAGAUCGCCGUCGGCCUAGAGGCGUCGGGGCAGCAAUUCCUCUGGGUGGUGCGCAAAGGCAAACACGACACAGCCAACUCCGGCGACGAAAAGUGGCUGCCGGAAGGAUUCGAGAAGAGGGUGCUGGAGCAGGGGACAGGGCUGAUCGUGAGAGGAUGGGCCCCACAAGUGCAGAUCCUCGACCACGCGGCGACGGGCGCGUUCCUGACCCACUGCGGCUGGAACUCCACGCUGGAGGGGAUCUGCGCCGGGGUGCCGAUGGUGACGUGGCCGAUGUUCGCGGAGCAAUUCUUCAACGAGAAGCUGGUGAGUCAGGUUCUGAAGGUGGGGGUGGAAAUUGGGGCGAAGCAGUGGAGCAGAGUGACGGACGACGUCAGGGCAGAGGCGGUGGCGACGGCGGUGGAGAGGAUCAUGGCGGGGGAGGAAUCGGAGGAGUUCCGGAGCAGAGCGAGACGGCUGAAGGAGAAAGCGCUGAAAUCCAUAGAACCCGGCGGGUCGUCUGUCUCUGCAUUGAACUCCCUGCUGGAUGAGUUAAGAGAGUGCCGCCGGCGUUCUUCCAAGUAGACUGGAAAAGAAGAUUCUGUCUCUGUUUUUAAUACUUCGUAACAAUUACUCCGUACUACGUAAUACGUAUAAUAGGAUCAUGUCUGCUCCUGACUUAUUUGUAAAAUCAAUUUAUAAAUAAUUACUGUAUUACACUUUUCUUCCUCAUAA